UUGUUUAUAAAUGGCGGACAAGGUGCGCAUGGAUGAGUGAGUGUACUGUUGAUCAACUGAUAUUUCGUGAUUUCUUGCCAAAAAUGAGGGAGGUUACGACUGAUAAGUGUUUAUCUUAAAAUAUAACACACAGUUGGACUGUGUGUUGGAAAAUGGCCUCCCCUGACACGCCAACACGGCUUUUGGAAAGUCCGUCGGUGCUACAUGUAGAGAUUGACAAACGUCUGGAGGAGGAUGGUUUGAACCCACAAUGCACAGAUGAGGAGAAGUUGUUCUAUAUCUGGAGACUGUACCAAAAUGCCGAGAAUGACUUGCUGUCAGCGACUGAAAAGCAAGAGCAGCUUAAGCGUUCCCAGGCGGAGGAAAUGCAGGAAGUUGAGAAUUAUGUGGAGCAUAUUCGGCACCUCUCGGACGAGCGAGAAGCCCUCAUUCAGGAGCUGGAGACUGAGAACGACCAGCUUAAACAAGAAAUAGAAAGAUUUCGACAGGAACAAAAUGCAUCUGCUCUUCGUGAUGAGACGGCUGAGAUGCUAAUACAGCAGGGCCUGGAGGAGAUCGCCCAAGCCCCUACAAGUGAACAGAUUGCAUUUCUUCUAGUUGAACGUGCGAGACUUUUGGACGAGCUCGAGGCCGAGCAAGGUCGGAGUGCAUCAGCAUUAUCGGACGGUAGAAUAUCGGAAGAUCUUCAGCGUACGAUUGAUCGUGAAAGAGAAGAACUUCAGGAAGAGAUAAACCAAACGCGAGAAGUAACAAAGACAGAAAUUGAGCAGAUCAAGCGUGAGCACGAGGAAGAGAUUAACGUAGUUAUGGAUGAAAACCAACGACUCGAAGAUGAGCUGGCUUCUUCCAAGAAGCAGAUUGAAGAGCUGGAAACAAAGAUGAAAGAAUUAGAAGAAGAGAGAAAGAAGGAAAAAGAACAGUAUGAGAAAGAAAAAGAGGGUUUUGUUAGUCCAGCAGAAGAGGGAGAAGGGGACUCAUUAUCUCCCCUGAUGAAAGGUCUGGUCUCCCCAAGAUAUCCAAGAGCAUCACCAAGGCAACGACCUCCAAGCCCUGCAAGGUCAGCAAAUGAUGUUGCACUCCGAUCAAUCAUCGCUGAGAAAACCAAACUUGAAGGUGAAAUUCUUGGUUUCAAGUCCAAGAUAAAAGCAUUGGAAAGUGAAAUUGCAACACUGAAAGAAAAGGUAACCACAAUGGAGAAAGACUCUGAGGAGUCGCAGCUGAAGUUGUCACAGCUACAGAUGAAAAACAAGAGUUUAAAGGCAGAGUUAGAGGAGACAGAACAGCAGCUCGAUGAGACAGAGUCACAGAUGGAAGAACUUCGUAAAGAAAAGACCGAUCUCCAAAACACUCUUGAUACCAUGACAUCAGAAUUCAGUACGUUAAAAACCGAAAGUGCCAAAUAUAGUGAAGCUCAAGAAAUCGUUGACAAACUCAGUUUCGAAAACAAGGAAUUAUCAGCGCAGGUUGAAUCUUUGAAAUAUGAAAUGGACAAAGUUAUUGCAGAGAAAGAUGAAGUUGAUAAUCAAAAGUUGGAGUUAAGUAAAACGGAAAUAAAACUGACCAAUGAAAUUCAGGAAUUAAAAAGUGAACUGAAUACGAUCAAACAAGCAAAGGACGAGUAUUUAGAUCAGAAAAAUGAAUUGUCGGAAACUCGGACAAUGUUAGACUCAAAGACGCUAGAGUUUGAGAAGUUAUUUAAUAACAGUGAAAAACUGAAUAAAGAAAAUAAAGAACUGUUAAAUAGAUUGGAAGCAUUAGAGAAUGAAUUAGAUAAUACGAAGAAGGAAUCACAAGGAAUAGCUAAACAAGAGAUUAUUGCUACCCAUAUGAGAGAUCAAAAUUCCAAGUUAACGAAAGAAGUGGAGGAUCUCCAAGCUAAAUUGAAAUCAAAGACGGAAGAUCUUGAAGUUGCAGAAUCAAGACACAAAAAAGAAAUUGAAGACUUGAAAGCUAAGUUACAAUUAACAUUAAAUGAACUAAGCAAAGCUAAAUCAGUGGUAGACCAAGAACGUAGUGAAAACACUGAACUUACUUCACGUGUGUUAGAUCUAGAACAACAACUAGACGACGCAUCGCGUGCUUCUGAUUCUAAAGCAAGUUCUAUAUUGGAAAUGGAAGUUAAAGUAAAAGAGUUAGAAGCACUUUUAUCAGAAAAAGAAAAUUUAGAGGAACAAUUAACUCAACAGAAAAGACAAACUGAAAAACUGCAAGAUGAAAUAGAUGAACUUGAAGCAGUGAAGAUUGAGUUAGAAGAUUCUCAUGAUCUAUUUGAUCAGGAAAAACAAACUCGUUCUCAGCUGGAACGAAGGUUUCGCGACCUGGAACAACAGUUUGAAGACCAGAGAAUGGAUCAUGAGAAUAUACAGCAGACAUUAACAGCAAAGGUAAAGACGUUAGAGAAUCGUGUUCAUGCUCUCCAAGAUGACUUGUUUGCUGCACAAGAUGAGCUACAAGCAGCACAAGAAAGCUAUGAAAAGCAUAAUCAAACUUACCACAGAGAAAGUGGUAAAUUUGACCCCAGCAAGGUCCAGGAAGAAUCAAAAGCAGCACAGAUAGAACUUCAGGAAAGAUUGAGUCAAGAAGAGCAGAAGACAGUCCAGGCUGUAGCGAAACUAGAGCAGACGGAUAAUGUUACACAGAGACUGGAGACACAAAAGAUAGAGAAUUUAGAAAAGCAGAUUGAAGCUAUGAAAGAAAGAGUAGCAGACGCUCAGAACAGAACAGACACUAUUACAAAAGAACGUGAUUCACUUCUUCGAGAAGUUAAACUUCUUCGUGAGACAACAAAACAGUUUGGAAAUAAGUCGGAGGACAAUGAAAGUAUGAAACAAGAUUUGGAAGCAGUUCGGCGGGAACUUGAGCAUUUACGUACAUCAGCACAAUACGAUGGUGAGGAGAGACAGCAACACGUAGAUAAAAUAAGAACACUUGAAGAUUUGACACGACAGCUUGAGUUAGAUAACAGAGAACUGGCAAAUAAGCUCCAAGAAACUCUAGUCAAAUACGAACAGUCAGAGGAGUCAUUCAACCGUGAAAAGAAAGACACCCUCGAUCGACAACAACAGAACAACUGGCAGCUGACACAAGUCGAGUCUGAUCUGAAAACGGCAAACAACCGAAUCAAAGAACUCAGGGAAGAAUUAGGAAAGAAACAAAACAACUUACUGAAGUUAGAGUCGGAUAAAGUAGGACAGUCUGCAAAGUCAGAAAGUAGUAUUGCCAGGUUGGAAGCAGAACUGAAUGAAUUAAAGAUAUAUCAUCGUAAAGAGGUGGACAGACUGAAUGCUAAAGUUGAAUCAGCUGGGAAAGAAAAUAAAGAAUUGAAGAAUACACUCAGGGAAAAGGACCAGGAGAUAUUAAGCAAACAGCAUGAAACAAAGAGAAUAAAAGCCCAGGUUGAAAGGCUGGAAGCUCAGCUACAGACAGAAAUGAAAAUACGCACUGACCUUGAAAAUCGUAACACAUCACUGGACCAAGAAAUAUCAAAGGUUUGGGGCCAGGUUCGAACUUUAAUGGAGAAGAAUGCUAGUCUUGAGGCAACCAAGCGAAACCUUGAGGAAGACAUUGAAAGGAAAUCAAAUACUGCACGUCAAGCGGAAACUACUUAUGUUCAAUCCAAAGCUAGUCACGAAACCACGAUGAAGGCUUUACAGAGCCGAGCAGAUGCAGCAGAAAGACGGAUAUUUCGGUCAAGGUCAUACCAUUAUAAGAAAAACUUUAGUUUUGACCUUGACUGCCCGUGGAUGAGAAAGGCUGACACGUUACAACGAGAGCUGCAGGAGACAUCAAUGAAACUUCAGAAUUUACAGAGUCAGGUAUAUGAUGCAGAAAGCAGUAAGAUGGAUCUACAGGACAAGAAAGAUAAAAUGACACAACUCAAGAACCAGUUGGACGGUGAAAAACUACAAAGGAAUCUGUUGGAUCAGACAGUACGAGAGCUACAGCAACAAGUCAGCAUGAUGCGACAACGAGAGAGUAAAGUCCUUGAACAGAAUCGUGAACUUCAGCAUACGAUUCUCGAUCUUGAGUCAAAACUUGAGGAAGUGCAGGAUCGCAGUCAAACUGCAUUUGAAAUGGAAAAUGAUCAUGGUUGGCCAAAUAAGAUGUCCAAUAGUUUAAGUGAGCAACAGCAUAUGACAGAGGUCGGCAAGCGGUCAAUGAUGGAGCAGAUUUUAAAACUGCAGAAGGACAUUAAAGACUUGCAGUACGAAUUACUCACUGUUAACGAGAGGCGGGAAAUUAUUGACAGAAAAUAUGAGGAGAGAAAAGUGCGAACGAAGUCGAAACUUCUCAAAGCAAGUGGAGAGGACACCUACAAUUACUACGCUUAUGAACACGAGUAUCAUGAACUCCCGGGGGAAUUUUAUACAAAAGAAAAACAUCGUGUUCAAGAUCAGUUGAAUCGUAUGGAUGAAGAUUUACGAUUAACGAGGGCUACUCUGCGUAAAGAACUUGACUGGAAAGAUAAAAUGGAUGGCAACUAUAAACAGCUUCUUUCAGAAAAGAGAGAGUUACUCUCACAGUUGAACGAGAUGGAGGAAGAAGUGAGAGAAAAGUCGCGCUCAGUCUCGAUUCUGCAAGUUCGGACGAAAUAUUUGGAGGAAGAGAAUACGCGUUUACAGGAUCGCAUAGAUUCUAUAACACAACAGAAACAUGGCCUCGAUAAAUUAUUAAAGGAACAUAAAAUCGGCAAAGAUCGGGAGAGCAAUUUGUUGCGCCCUGUUUCACCUAGUGAUAACCCGCACAGCAUCACCAUAGCAACCAGUAGUGGCCUCGGCAACAGCAUCACUUCUAGCUGGGAACCGGACAAUUUAGUAGACUCAAUAUUAAACUUCCGUAGCCGGCCUGAGGAACCGGAAAUUGAUACACAUUUUACUAGUUACCUAGCUAACUCAUACACCCGAGGUUCGGGCAUGGGAUCAAUAGGUGAAUCAAUCGAUCUGUAUCGAGAGAAGGAUGAAACUGCUAGUGACUCGGAUUUUGAUGCAGAUGACUUUGAUUCAUGAUUCUGGGCGUGGAAUUUAAUUCUAGUUUUUUCAUUAUUUUUUAAAAACCGACCAUAAUGUUAACAUUAGCAGAGAUUUUAAAGUUAUUUUAUUUAUUUAAAUGUCAUUUUAGUGCAUUUAUUAAUAACUUUUCAUUUUAAUUUUAUUGUGAUCAAGUAACCGUCCAUCAUAGUUGAUUAGCAAUCAAAAUACAUGUAUACAAUGUUACAAAGGCCAUUUUUGCCACUUUUAUUUAUUAUUUCAUUUUUAUUCAUAUAUUUACCAAACACAGUUUGCUAAAACAUUCUAUUUAUCAGAAUUAUUUUUUCAUUUUGUGAUAAGAACUUUACUUGGAAUUUGAUAUUACUGCAAUUUUUCAUGAAAGAUUGUAUAUUUCAGAAAUCAUGGGGGG